AUGGGACAGUCCAACUCUACCAUCAGCGGCUUGUGGAAACAAUCAAGUCCACCAGAUGAUGUUGAUGAUUCCACAGAACCAAGUUCAUCUAGCAAUGAUUCUGCACCAAAUUAUAGAUUGCGCCGCAGCAGUCGGAAGCAAAAGCAAAGACGGUUUAUGUUGAACCAGACGCUGGUCGACCGCGGCAAGGCUCUCGAAUUGGAAAUCGAUGGUCAGUGUGGCAUGGACCAGCCUGGCAGAAAAUAUUUCCGAGAUGAGGAUGAUGAGAUUCAGAGUGCAGAAGCCAGUGAAGGUACAGAGGUUUUCUGGAAGUAUCUCAAACCGAUGGGAUGGCGCUAUGCCAAUAGCGACAGGCUGGAAUUCGAUUUCGUGUUCCUUGCAAAAGGAAAGUCUGCCAAAAGCGCCGAGGAAGGCAUCAGCAAGUUCUAUGGCUACGACGCAAUCUGGCGCAAAUGGAAAUCUGAUGAAGAUUUUCGGCGCAUGCACGGUUUCGUUGGAGACGUAAAUCUUGCAGUCAAGCAGGGAUCUGAUGCAGCACCAUCUCCGACCUACAAUAGGCUAGGCGAACCGACCCCUGGAGUUCCUGUUGCAGCAGGAAGAGCGGCUCAGACUAUUCUCCGCAAGCAGAAGAAGCGUGGACGCCCUUCUGUGAUCUCGAAGCCGAAGCAGCGGUCCAAGAAACGCCAAAAGAAGAGAGAAUCAUGCACAAACCCUCGACCUCGGACAAGAAGCAGUCCAGUCGCCCAAGCUCAAGCAAAGUCUGGAGCAAAGACACAAACCCCAUCUGCUGCAAAUUCAUCGACUGGUGCCCUCCGAUUGCAUGACCGAUCACUCGUCACUCCUCCGUUGGGUCGUUCGGACGUUGUUGUCCCUCUGCGACGACCCAACCUUGAUGGCAUAGCUGAUGUCUCGGAUCUCUUUGAGGAAAUCGCCGAACUCAAAAGGCGAUUGGGAGAAAUUCAAACUGAAAAAGAUGCAGUCGAAAGGAAAUUGGAAGUCGCUCAAAAUCAAAAAGAAGACGCUCAAGAUCUUGCAGAUGCCCGAGACAUUCAAGUUGAAGACCUUCAGAAACGAGUCAACCAGUUAGGUGAAAAUUAUGCAAAGGAAAAGGUUGCUCGCAAAAAGGAAAGGCUUGCUCACAAAAAGGAACUGGAAGCAUUGGAGCUGGAAAAUCAAGAGAAACUGGAUCAGAUCAGAAUGCAGCAUGCUAUGGAGGUAGGCCUCUCGUCUUCAGGGUUGGCUGAAGAUAAUAUCUAG